AUGGCUCCCAUCAAGUCUAUCGAGUACUUUCGCGUCAAGCCGCGCUGGCUUUUCGUCAAGGUGACGGACAACGAAGAUAAGUUUGGUUGGGGUGAGGCUACGCUUGAGGGACAUACACAGGCUGUGGAGGGGGCACUGGAUGAGAUUAUUGGAAGGCUUGUGGGUUAUGAGGCUGAUGACAUCGAGCACAUCUGGCAAACUAUCUGGCGGCUGGGAUUCUAUCGCGGUGGGCCGGUUUUCAUGUCCGCCUUAUCUGGCAUUGAUAUCGCAUUGUGGGAUCUGAAGGGUCGGAGGUUGAACGUACCGGUGUACCAGCUUCUCGGAGGCAAGGUUCGCAACAAGGUGCAGGUUUAUGCUUGGAUUGGUGGUGAUCGACCCAGUGAUGUUGAAGUAGCUGCCAAGGCACGUCUGGCACAGGGUCUCAAAUGCGUCAAGAUGAACGCGACAGAGGACAUGAACUGGCUUGACUCGCCAUCUGUACUAGACUCUUGUAUCGAGCGCAUCAAACAGGUCAAGGCUCUCGGUCUUGACGCUGGUCUCGACUUCCACGGCCGUCUCCAUCGCCCCAUGGCUAAGCAGCUCGCGAAAGCACUUGAGCCCUACCGUCCUCUGUUCAUCGAGGAACCCCUGCUCGUUGAGCACCCAGAAGCUAUCAAACAGCUUUCUCAACACACAACUAUCCCGAUCGCCUUUGGAGAGCGUUUGUAUACUAGGUGGGAUGUGAAGCGGUUCCUCGAGGAUGCGUCAGUGGACGUGCUACAGCCGGAUAUCGCGCAUGCUGGUGGAAUCUCGGAAACAAAGAGAAUUGCGACCAUGGCGGAGACUUAUGACGUGGCAAUUGCGCCGCACUGUCCUCUUGGUGAGAUCUACCCCUUCUCAUCCUUCAUCUCGUGA